CUGUUUGCGUUCACCCCUUUCAAUCCCCUUCCGCCACUUUUCGCACGUCUCCGGCCCUCUCUCCGCUUCCUUCCUCCCCCUUCUCAUUCUAUAACUCGUGAUUCGUCCACCCGAUCACUUGCUGAGCAUUUACACUAUCGUUGCUCGAUGGACAUCGUCUCUUAUUCGAUCAGUAAAGAGAAUGACAAGAUCUACCAGAAUUGGUUCUCAUUCGCUGACUCAGAUGGAGAUGGCCGCCUCACGGGGACCGAUGCCAUCAAGUUUUUUGCCAUGUCUAAUUUACCUCGGGGUGACCUGAAGCAGGUAUGGGCGAUUGCAGACUCUAGAAGGCAAGGUUAUCUGGGCUUCAAGGAGUUUGUGAUAGCAAUGAAGCUUGUGUCACUAGCACAAGAAGGGAAUGAGAUCACACAAGUUGCACUUGCUCAUGCUGAUUUGGAGAAAGUAAAUCCUCCAGUGAUGGAAGGAUUAGAUACCUUUCUCUCUACAAAUAAGCCUUCAAUAAAGGAAAUUGAUCCUGAGCAAGAUGUGAAUUCACAGCCACAAACUCCUAAACUGCAGUGGUUUGGCACAAAAUCAACAAAGAAGAUUCCUUUGAGCUCAGUUACUUCAAUAAUUGAUGGUUUGGAAAGAUUAUACAUCCAAAAACUGAAGCCUUUGGAAGUUACUUACCAGUUCAGUGACUUUGGUUCUUCCUUGUUGACAAGCAGUGAUUUCGAUGCUAAGCCCAUGGUUAUGCUCCUAGGCCAAUAUUCUACCGGAAAAACAACAUUCAUAAAGCAUUUACUGAAGUGUAGCUAUCCAGGUGCUCAUAUUGGACCUGAGCCUACCACCGAUAGAUUUGUUAUUGUGAUGUUAGGACCUGAUGAAAGGACCAUUCCUGGGAAUACUAUAGCUGUUCAAGCAGAUAUGCCUUUCACUGGCCUUACAACAUAUGGAAAUGCAUUUUUAUCAAAGUUUGAGUGCUCACAAAUGCCACAUUCGCUACUAGAACACAUCACAUUUGUUGACACUCCUGGGGUUCUUUCUGGAGAGAAACAACGAACUCAACGUAGUUAUGAUUUUACUGGUGUUACUUCGUGGUUUGCAGCAAAAAGCGACCUUAUUCUUCUUCUAUUUGAUCCCCAUAAGCUCGACAUAAGUGAUGAAUUCAAGCGUGUCAUCGGCUCUCUACGUGGUCAUGAUGACAAAAUACGUGUGGUUUUAAAUAAGGCAGACCAAAUUGACACACAACAGCUAAUGAGAGUUUACGGUGCAUUGACAUGGUCUCUUGGAAAGGUUCUGAAUACUCCUGAAGUGAUGCGUGUUUACAUUGGUUCAUUCAAUGACAAACCAGUAAAUAGUAUGGCUGUUGGCCCAGUGGGGAAGGAGCUGUUUGAAAAGGAACAAGAUGACCUCCUUUCUGAUUUGAAAGAUAUUCCUAAAAAGGCUUGUGAUCGUAAGAUCAAUGAAUUUGUUAAGAGGGCCAGAGCAGCAAAAAUCCAUGCUUAUAUUAUUAGCCACCUUAGGAAUCAGAUGCCAGCAAUGUUGGGCAAGACAAAGGCUCAACAACGACUCAUUAAUAACUUAGAGAAUGAGUUUGCAAAGGUUCAAAGGGACUAUCAUCUUCCACCUGGGGAUUUCCCUGAUGUCCAACACUUCAAAGAGGUUUUGAGUGGCUACAACAUCGACAAGUUCGAGAAGCUGAAGCCUAAAAUGAUACAGGCUGUUGAUGAUAUGCUGGCAUUUGAUAUUCCAGAACUACUAAGAAAAUUCAGAAACCCAUAUGGGCAGUAAGUACUACUCAUCCUAAGAUGUAUUAGGACCUUCAUCAACAAGAGCAAAUGAGUUCUAAAUACUACAUCAAUUAUCCAUAUCAAAACUAUAAUGGUGUAACAUUUAAUUUAUCUCUUGGUUGGUAACAGUGUUGGUACCUUGUCAUCCUUCGUUGUAAAUAACUUCUUUGAUAUCUCAUUCAACUUGGAACAUUUUGUUUGGAACUU